GUCCUGUAUCGCUUAAUCGGAGAAACAGUAUAAAGGGUUUCUUGGCUUUACCGGAAAACGACAUUUAAUGUUGACAACAGCAAAGAUUUCUUUAACGAAAAACGACGUUGCGGAUAGAGCCGCAAAAACGGAUAGAAUCUGUAUUCUGCAUCACACCGGUGACCGCUCGAUUAAUAAUAAGGAAGAUGGCCAGUGUCCGUUUGGCAGGAAUGGAUCGGUAACGAACGGCAUCGUAGGGCGUGAUUACGGGGAAUAUCUGCGGCUGGAUUCACUCUUAUCGAAUGUGGAUAUGAUGAGCGCCCGCUAUCUGCCAGAGCCGGUACAUGACGAACAUCUGUUUAUUACCACCCAUCAGACGCAAGAAAUGUGGUUCAAGCAGAUCCUUUUUGAAAUUGACUCAAUACGCGACACUUUCCCGGAGAGGGAUUCUCUGGAUGAUCGACAAUGCACCACUAUAUCGCAGCGCCUCCACCGGAUCUCCGUCAUCUGGAACGUGCUAAUCGAACACUUCACCAUCCUCCAAACCAUGCAGCCUGUGGACUUCAUGCGCUUUCGCCACCUUUUGGCACCCGGCAGCGGGUUCCAGAGCCUACAGUUUCGGCUGAUCGAAUGCAAACUCGGUUUGACCAUGAAGCAGCGCGGCAACCCAACAGCGGUGUGCGGCGCAUUCUCUCCGCCUAUGCAAAGUACUCUCACGAAAGCCAUUUCGGAACCGAGCGUGCUCGAUCUGGUCAACCAGUGGCUGGACAACAUGGACACCGCGGACUUCGCAGCGCAGUACACCGAAGCCGUGCGCGAGUAUUUAUCCGACGAGCAACAACAGUUUGACCAGGAGCCGGAUGCACACCGGCGCGAAAUGCUAAGCAGAAACUUGGCGCAACAGAAACAAGUAUUCGAAGUUGUUUUGGAUCGGAGCAAGUACGAAGAAGAAGUCCAGACGAAGAAGCGACGAAUGAGUUAUAACGCCUUCAUGUCAGCGCUCAAGAUCACAUUCUACCGAACCGAGCAGCGCUUCCAAUCGGCUUACGCCAUCUUAACCGCGCUCGUGGACAUCGAUAGCGCCAUGAGCAAGUGGCGGUUUGCGCAUAUUACAACCGCCCAACGGAUGCUGGGCAGCAAGAGCGGACCGUACUCCUCCGGUUACCUCUAUCUGCGCUCGACCAUCGGUGACCGCUACAAGAUUUUUCUGGAUCUGAUCAACGUCUCGUCGCAUCUGCUGCCCGAACCGUAUAUUCCGCCUCUGAGCUUUCACCGAAAUGGGACACUUUUCCCGCGACCAGUGAACGACGUUCUCUUAGCCGGCAAACAAAUCUAGUGCCGCCUGUGUAUGCUC